AUGAAACGACACCCGACCAAGCUCGAAUCGCUGCGGCGUCGCACGGGGAUCUCAGGCGAAGCUCCGAUCGAGGCGCUCGAUCUGUUCAAGGAUGCUUACUCCACGUUUCUACCAUUGGAUUAUAUGCAUCUGAUUGGUAUCAACAGUGGCAGCACUUUCACCAAUAUCCUCGUCGGCGACUUGGACUCGAAAGCACGCAGGCACUCCAUGACGUUGACCUCCGACGCGAUCGCUCGCAUGACUCGUGCGCAGCUGUUGUCUCGGCCGUACCUUGCGAGAGUGGAGGGUGUGAUUGUCAGGCCCUUAGCCGAGAAAAGGAAAUAA